AUUUGCUUUGAAAUGUGAAAAAGUAAUGUUAUAACAAGUAAGAAUAAUUUGUUAACAGUGUUUGGGUAAUCACUUUUAGAGAAUCUGAAAUGUCUAGUGUUGAGGACUUCCAUGGCUUAAGGUCAGAUAAAAAACUAAACGUGGACAAAUCCAGCAGUUUCAUCAACCCGUUUGAACUUACUAUUGAUAUAUCUGAAAAUGCUGAGAUGUCUUACCAGUCAUCAGAUGACGAGUAUGUGCCAAGCUUUGAUAUUACUUUACAACCAAAUACAACUGUCAAUAUUGAAGAAGAAGAAGAUGAAGGUGCUGAUAUGAAUGAAAAAGAUGGGUCAGAUGAACCAGCUGUUGAUAUGGGUCCAGGCAUACGAAGAAUAGAUGCAACGAAUAUAGAUGCAUUUAUGUCAGACAGACCUUAUCUUGUAUAUAUGGAUUGUCUUCUGAAGCUGGCUCAUACUAAUGUUAGACAAACCUGUACCCUGUCAGAUUGCCAUAGUGAAGUUACCUUAAAAACAGAUAAUGUUGGAUCUGCCCUAUACUUAACAUGGGUAUGCAAAAAUGGUCAUGUGCAGAACAAAUGGUGUUCCCAACCACUUUUGAACAGGCGGCUACACACUGGAGACUUGCUCUUGGCUUCUGCAACUGUCUUAUCGGGAAAUAAUUUCCAGAAAAUAGAUUUGUUUGCGAAAGUACUGGGUCUUCCAAUCUUGAGUUCCUCAACAUUCUUUAAAAUACAACGUACAUAUAUUGUUCCAUCAGUAGACCAUCAUUGGACAAGCCAUCUUGAUUCUGUAUUGGAAGAGUUCCGUGGGAAGGAGGUUGUUGUUUUUGGUGAUGGAAGAAUGGACAGCCCAGGUCACUCUGCACAAUAUUGUUCCUAUACGUUCAUGGAAAUGGAAACCAAGAAGAUACUGAGCAUUGUAACCAUGGAUAAAAGAAUGACUGGGGGGAAAAGUACCAACCUUGAGAAAGCUUGCUUUGAAAAAGGCUUGCAUUCUCUACUAGAUGCUGGUGUGAACGUGGUUGAAGUUGUGACCGAUGCACAUCCUCAGAUAGGAGCAUUAAUGAAGAAACCCCAGUAUCGCAAUAUAAAACAUUCGCUGGAUAUAUGGCAUGGUACCAAAAAUAUUGGAAAAAAAAUCAUUCAGGUUGCUCAGGAGAAAGGGAAAAAGAACAAACAACUAUUCGACUGGACAAAAGACAUUGUUAAUCACUACUGGCACUGUGCCUCCAUCAGCACAACUGUUGAAGAAUUUAAGGGUCACUGGAUUGGUAUUUUGCAUGUUGUAAAUGAACACCAGUGGAUCUUGUCAUACAGUGAUGAUUUCGAAAACAACAAGUGCAACCAUGGGCCAUUGCCUGCAGAAAGCAACAAAAGUUAUCUGGAAAAAGGUUCAGAUGCUCAUAUUGCCUUGCGAGGAAUUGUCCUAAAUACAAGAUUAUUAAAUAGUAUUCAUUACUAUUUAAAUUGCCGGAGCACUGCAGAUCUGGAAAUCUUCCAAAAUGAAAUCCUAGCCUAUGCAUCAAAAAGACACUCUUAUUGCCCACCUGUGUAUAGAGCUAGAAAUCGUUUAGCUGCUUUAGACCACAAUAUUCAUAUUGGUAGACCAGCCCUUACCAAAGACGAUGGAAAUCCAAGGUAGCUGAUUAUAUUAACAUAAUAGUAAUACG